AUAUAUAAUAGUUUCACACACAAACAAAUUGAUUAUUUUUAUGUAAAUAUUUAGUGUGUGAUUGAUUUUGUGGUCCUUGUGAUAUUGAGUGCUGAAUAGAACCCUUUGGAUUCAAAUUGGUGAAAAACUAUUCAAGCAAUUAAUCUUAAGGCAGUUUUAGCAAUGAGUUACUGGACAAAAAGAAGAAAGAUUCGAGGCGAAGUGCAACAUAUUUUAACUGAAAUAAUUGACACUGAAAAGCGUAAUAUUGAUGUUAGAGAGAAAUGGGCUACAGCAAGCUUAUCACCUCAAUUGUCUGAAACAUUAGUGGUUCCUGUUACUGAAUUAAGCAGCCAAACUCCUUUAUUCAACCCUUUAUUUAACAAUUGCAGUGAGACAUCAGAGAAUUUUGCAUCACCUUUGGGUGAUGUUGAUGAAUAUGACGAAGUUGAAAAUGCCAUUAUGAGCGAUUCUGAAUCUGACCAAAGCUCUCAGUUCAGUAUGAUGGAAGAACUUGUAACAGAUUUGGCAUCAUGGUCAUGUUCUUUUAAUAUUACACUUACUGCGUUAGCUGCUUUGCUGACUAUUUUACGAAAAAUUUGCCCUGAUUUGCCAAAAAGUCCAAAAACAGUAAUGCAGUCUGAAAUCUACAAGAAAGAGGUACGUGACAGUUCAUAUUGUUAUUUUGGCAUAAAGCAAGGGAUUGUUAAUAGAUUGUCACAGUUAGUUGCUAAAGGUACGACAGUGAAUCAGGUAAUUAUGUUACAAUUCAAUAUUGAUGGAUUGCUAUUAUUUAAAAGUUCAAAGAUACAGUUGUGGCCAAUUCUGUGUUUAAUGGAACAUUUUGAUGGUGUGGUUCAAACAAAUAGGGAGUCGUUUACAGUUGCAUUAUACUGUGGAAAUAGCAAGCCGACUGAUAUUAAUGCAUUUUUGAAAGACUUUGUUGAGGAAAUAAAAGACCUUCAGGAAACAGGAAUCAUAUUUAACAAUGUGUGUUAUGAAAUAAAAAUUUCUGCUCUGGUUUGUGACACCCCAGCGUAAGCUUUUAUUAAAUGUAUUAAGGGUCACAGUGCAUAUCAUGGAUGUGAUAAAUGUGUACAACAUGGUUUUUAUGCCGGGCGUACAACUUUUCCGGAAACAGCAGCAGCUCUUAGAACAGACUCAUCAUUUCUAGAAAUGAAAGAUCAGAAACAUCAUUGUGGAAAAAGCCCUCUUGUUGCUAUUCCAUCAUUAGGAAUGAUAUCACAGGUACCUGCAGACUACAUGCAUUUAGCGUAAGCCACGGCCAUUUCAUGAAUUUGAACGUUGGAAAGCAACAGAAUUUAGGCAACUAUUGCUUUAUACAGGCAUGGUUUGCUUUGAUAGGAUUCUUUCACCUCCACUUUAUAAUAACUUUAUGCUUUUAUCUGUUGCUAUGAGCAUCUUGCUAAGUGAAUUUCUAUGCAAGAAAUAUGCUUCGUAUGCGCAUAGUUUGUUAUUGCUAUUUGUAGAGCAUGUCUCGGAGGUUUAUGGCAAAGAAGUUAUUACAUAUAAUAUGCAUGGGCUGGUACAUUUGUCAAAUGAUGCCAAAAAAUUUGGUCCUCUGGACAAUAUUUCAUCAUUUCCAUUUGAGAAUUAAUUAUCUCAGUUAAAGAAACUCGUUCAGAAGCCUCACUUGCCUUUGCAGCAAAUAGUUCGAAGACUUGGUGAGAAGAGAGCAGUUCAACAAAAACAAAAAAACGAAAGUGAGCAUAAUAGUACAUACUUUAAGAAGGAGCAUUAUAAAGGGCCAGUCGUCAAAUUGUUGAAAGUAUGUGCUCAGUACAAGGAAUUGUUUACCAAGCGUUGGUGCAUAAAAAUUACAGAUGGAGAUAACUGUUUUAGCUUGAACAAUGGCAAAGUAAUUAUUGUGCAGAAUAUUGUAAAAACAGCUGAGCAGUCCUUUAUUUCGUAUAAACAGUUCAAAAAACUUAAAGAUUUUUUUACAUACCCAUGCUGUUCUAUGAAGGUGGAUAUUUUUAAAGUUUCUUUCUUGGAAAACGAAUUGAUAUACUGUUCACCAACAAAAGUUAAAAGAAAAUAUGUUCGCCUACCAAUUGAUAAUGAUUAUGCUGUCAUUCCUAUGAUGCAAUUUUAACAUUUGUGCAAUGAAAUUUUGUUCAAUCGAAAAAAAAUGUUUUUAAAUGA